AUGACAUUAACAUCUAAUUGGAAUAUUUUAUCUAAUGAUGAAAAUUCUCAACAAAGUUUUUUCAUUGAUUAUGAUUCAGAAUAUGAUCUUAGUCAGCAAGUUCCAUAUUUAAUUGAAAAACAAUCAGUAUCAAUACUAAAUAAUAAUCAAAAUGAACCACCAAUGACAAGAUCAAGAAUUACAACUAUUGAAAACACGUUGUUUAUUCCACAAACACCAUCUAAAGAACAAUGUCAGUCAAUAAUUCAACAUAAUAUUAAUUCAUUUACUAAUAUGACAACAAAAUCAAUUAAUUCAAUUUUCUUUUCAAAACAAGAUUUAUCAAAAAAUCAAUUUCAAAAUUCUUUAACUGAUGAUAUUAAUACAUUGACUCAUUGGUUUAAAAGUUGUAGUUUAAAUGAAAGUAAAUGUAAUAAUUAUUUUUCAUCAAGUCAUAAAACAUAUUCAAAUAAAUUAUCGUCAUCAAAUGUUACAUAUGAUUCAAAUCCAUUUUUAAAAUUAAAAAUUUCAUCUGUAUUUGAUAAAAAUCAAACACAAUUAUGGUCUCGUUCAACUAUUCAAAAUAAUUUAUCAAUUGAAAAACACAAUUCAACAUCGUCAGAUAUAUUUAUUUCUCCAAAUAAAAAUUUUUCUCAUCAUUCAUCACCGUCACAAAUAGUACCAUGCUUAUUAACAAAAGAUUCAUCAUCAAUAAUACAAGAAACACUAUUUCCACAAAUAAAACAAUGUCAAAUAAUGGAUUCCGAUUUUUCAAACAAAAAAGAAGAAGAAGAAGAUAUUGUUAUUCAACAAUCAUCAGCAAAAUUCUUCUUUAUUUUAAUAAUAUUUGUCGUUGGUCUUGUGUUUGGUUAUUUACAUACAAAUACAUUUCCAUCUAAUCUUAUUCGUCAUUGGUUUUUUGUUAUUGGUGAGGAAUGUAUUCAAAUAAGCAUAAAAUAUUUCUAUUUAUUAUAUAUCUAUCUUCAAACAAUUAUGAAAUGUUUGUUAUCAUUUCUAUUGGUUUAA